ACCCAGUGAAAACGGUAGCUCCAGGAGCCCCCGCCUCCCUGUUUGUAGCGUCACGGGCUUCCCUGCGCGUCACGUGACCCUGGCUCUCCUGCGCAGCCAUGAUGCAGGAAGAUUUGGACGAUGGCCCCGACUUCCUGUCAGAAGAGGACAGAGGAUCUAGACCAGUCAAUGUGGAUCUCCAAACAGAUGGCACUCUUCAGGUUGACAUUUCUGAUGCUCUUAGUGAAAGAGAUAAAGUUAAAUUUACAGUUCACACAAAGAGUACUCUACCUAAUUUCAAACAAGAUGAAUUUUCUGUAGUUCGUCAGCAUGAAGAAUUUGUCUGGCUUCAUGAUGCUUUUGUUGAAAAUGAAGAAUAUGCUGGCUAUGUUAUCCCACCAGCACCUCCAAAGCCUGAUUUUGAUGCUUCAAGAGAUAAACUGCAGAAACUCGGGGAAGGAGAAGGAUCAAUGACCAAGGAAGAAUUCACAAAGAUGAAACAAGAACUUGAAGCUGAGUACCUGGCUAUAUUCAAGAAAACUGUUGCCAUGCAUGAAGUAUUCUUGUGUCGUGUAGCUGCACAUCCAGUUCUACGAAAUGACUUAAACUUUCAUGUCUUCUUGGAAUAUAAUCAAGAUCUGAGUAUUCGAGGAAAAAAUAAAAAAGAGAAAUUGGAAGAUUUCUUUAAGAAUGUGGUAAAGUCAGCUGAUGAAGUCCUUGUUGCGGGCGUUAAGGAUGUUGAUGAUUUCUUCGAGCACGAGAAAACCUUUCUUCUGGAAUAUAAUAACAGAAUAAAGGACGCAGCUGUCAAAGCUGACAAAUUGACAAAGUCACACAAAAGUGUGGCAGAUGACAACAGUAGAAUUAGUUCAAUAUUGUACUCUUUAGGAACUCAAGACUCAACAGAGCUAUGCAAAUUUUUCUUGAAGGUAUCAGAAUUAUUUGAAAAAACAAGGAAAAUAGAAGCACGAGUGUCAGCAGAUGAAGACCUAAAACUUUCUGAUCUUUUGAGGUAUUACUUAAGAGAAUCGCAAGCUGGUAAGGACCUCCUUUAUAGACGAGCAAGAUCUUUGGUGGAUUAUGAAAGUGCAAACAAGCUGCUGGAUAGAUCAAGAGCUAAAAACAAAGAUGUCCUUCAAGCUGAGACCAACCAACAGUUCUGCUGUCAAAAGUUUGAGAAGCUUUCAGAGUCAGCAAAACAAGAGCUUAUAGACUUCAAAACUCGAAGAGUUGCAGCAUUUCGAAAAAACCUUGUAGAAUUGGCAGAAUUGGAACUAAAACAUUCCAAGGGACACUUGCAAUUGCUGCAGAGUUGUCUCGUAGCACUCAAAGGUGACAGUUAACUACUUUAUAGUUGUUGUAUUAACAAGGGCUGUAUACAAGGAAGAACACUUGGCAAGCUUUCAUGGCUCCAUAGAGAUUUACUCUGAGGAGGCUCUUUAUACGUCAGAAGUAAACGACAUUUUUGCAUCUGAUGAAAAAAGAGAAAUCUUGAAUCAAGAAACCCCAUUCUGAGAUGCCACAUAACAUAUCAUUUGUAUUUGAUUGUCCAGAAAUCAAAAUAUUUUCUUCAUUUGCCAAUACCUUCAAUAUUAUUGUACAUUUGCCAACUAUAUUCAUUUUUACAAUAUCAAAGGCCUAAUUUGAAUGUUUUUAAAAAAUAAAAUGAAAUACCAUUAAUUGUAUUCCGUAUAGUCAAGUGCAUUGUUUGGCAUUUAGUGCUGUUCCAACAUCUUAAUAUGACAAUUAGUCUUCAUUUUUUAUAUUGUUAACAUUUAUCUUCCACUAAAAAUAUUCAAUUCUAACAUAAUUUCUAAAUCUAAUGUAUAUCUGCCUUAAGCUCAUAGAAUGAUUCCUAACCAUUGUAUAAUAAACCAGUAUGCUAG